UUUACUUUUUAUUAAUUUCCUAACAAAUUCUGUUGUAAUUAUAAUAUUUAUAGGUAUAAAUAUGCAAGCAAAAUUAUCUUACUAUUGUGAGCAAAAAACAAAUGAUCUUUUCCAUUUCAAAAUGGCGUGUCUGGCUUUUGCUUUCUGAACAUGAAGAGCUGCUGAAAUUAAAUAAAAAAAAAAUCGACAGGUGAGUUACGAGCAAAAAAAAAAAGUUACAUGCUUCAACUUCCAAGUUAGCAACCCUUCACUUGCGAAUACGUGAAUAGCUUAAGUAUUACUUCGUUAGGCAUAAGAGAUUUGUAUUCCACUCUUUUGCCGAUUGAACAAUUACAGCUAAUUUUAGAGCGCAUUCAAUAUCCAAUGAUCAGUUAAUGUGUGAAUAACUAAUGACCAAAAUGUUGUGUAGCUUUUACAGAUUAUAUUUUAUACAAAUAUCUGAGAUUAGAAUGGUAGAAUCGUUAUUUGUACGUAAAAAUUAUAUGGCAUUGUUACAUUUGGUUACAGAUUAAUUACACGAAGCGAUUGCAAUUGCAAUCUUAAAAAAUCCAAUAAAACUCAAUAUGAUAUAUGAGAAUUUUGUUUUUGAAACAAAUCAUUGCAUUCAUUUGCUGCAAUAUUUUUUAUAACAUACUUUAAAGUCUGUUUUGGAUUAUUUAAAAUGUAACAAAACUUGUACGGGUCUAGGGUAUAGACGACGAGAAUGUUGUGUAUGAAAGAUAUACUGCUCUAAUUGUUGAAAGAUUUUAUACAUCGUCCAAUCCAAACUUCUUUUACGGUUUAAAUUAUUGCAGUAAUUUCUUGUAAUUAUCACGGUAUAACAGAAUUUCUAGCUACGUUGUCAUCAAUUGUUUAUAUUAUACUUGUACCACAAUAGAACGUCCAACUAACGACCAUGACAGUACACCAAGAUUUAAACACCCUGCACCAUAUUGUUGAUAAAUUUCUAUACGUAUACGAAAACAUGAUACACGGCAUUUAAUUUGCGUUUAGCUUGUUGAUAACUUAAUCGGCAAUUUUCUUAUAUUGAAAAAUGAAAUAAAAUCGAGGAGAUUAUCUCAUAAAAAAUAUAUUUGUAUCUAUUUGAAAUAUCUCGAACAAAUUAUGGAACGUUAAUUGUUCUGAAUGUAAUGGAUUAUUUAUAAUCAUUUUGCGAGCUUCGAUACCAGCAUUGCACUUUUUAAACAGAAAUGUAAAUUUAACGCGAGGAACAGGCAUUUCUGUUUAGUUCGACGUCCCUGUGGGGAGCACUGGCACCACAGUAGGUUAGUUGAUUAACGUAGUUUCUAGCAAGUGUUUCCCCGAACAUGGCGGACGGUGCUUAUUCGAAUUUUCAAGGGACACAAUGAGAGUGCACCGAGUUCGCGGCGGUGAUGUCCUUGACUAAGGGCGUGUGGUGAUCCUGAGGGUGGUCGACGUAAACACCCGGGCGCCGCUGUGAUCGUAUCGGUUGCAUGCGUGCCGGCGUGUCGCCAUCCUGACUUCACGGGAUAGGGUUUUGCCGCGCCGCGAUUGUGUGUCUGAGAGCGACCGACCGUGGCGGGGCCCCCAUGGUUGUAAAUGGCUGACGGGAAUCGGAAAAUGAGGUCCGAACGUCGCGCGUGAUUCGACGGCUAAGACGCUGAGGUACGACAUAAAGAAGGUGUUCGGAGAUCGAACGAUAUUCGCGCGGUCUUCUGUCCUAAAAACACCACCACCGGUCCAAGUACCGCCCGGUGCUAGGAGCUGUCCCGGGGGUUGUUCGUGUCUAUCGUAUCGCCAGUGUCUUCGUCAAUUAGUUAGGUUUUAAGGUCUCCUCUGUUCCCCUAAUCGGCAGUAAGCUCGAUCUCAUUCAGUACUUGUCAUCCACGAUAAAAAUGUUUUCGAAAGUGUAGCCGCUCGUGCGCGACGUCUCGUCUUGUUUAGAACAGCAUUUGUAGGUGCUCUCGUUCGUUAACGAGAGCAAGAGCGCGCGGACUGGUUUUUAAUGAGAUGCCGAUCAUAUGGUCGUUAUUUCUUUCGCAGGUAUUCGCGAUACUUUUUUCAUUCUUGUAACGUACUUAUCGCCGCUUGUAAUGGAAACGUACAUAAAUGAAUGAUUUGGCGGACGACCAUCUAUUUUGCACAUUUGCGUGGACCAAGCAAUUAUGUGUACGUGCAUACACAGGGUAGAAAAUGUCAGAGCCAGAAGAAAGUCUGGCAGCGCCGGAUAGCACUACGAGGGAACAGAAAUUAGGUUUCUCUCAUGGGGAUGAUGUUCUUCUACAACACAAAGAUGGAAAAUAUUAUCUUGGAACAGUUGUUGAGGUGGAUUUGGCAAGGGAGAAAUGCCUUGUCAAAUUUAUGGACAACACCUCCUCGUGGUCCUCUGUUAAGGAGCUGACAAAGCUUUCAAUGCCAGAUUCUGAUGUUAUGUGCGUACUUUGUAAAAAAUCUCAGCCCAAGACUGAUAAUGACAUUAUUGUUUGUGACAAAUGUGGUCGUGGUUAUCAUCAACUUUGUCACCAGCCUCAAAUUUUAAAAGAAGAAACUUCAGCUGAGGCACAUUGGAUGUGUAAAAGAUGUGUAGAUAGUCAACCACGGACACGUGAAGUUGUAGAACCAAAAACUUCUAUGGUAAAGGCAAGUAUCAGAAAAGUUUGCAGUGGUAGGGACCAACCUCAGCCGCCACCAGAUGAUAUGACAAAGUUGCCGUAUGAUCCUAAUAUGUUAAAUUGGGACGCACAUCAUAGAGUAAAUGCAGAACAAAUUUAUUGCUAUUGUGGACUAAAUGGUGAAUGGUAUACACAAAUGUUACAAUGUGCUCGUUGCAAGCAAUGGUUUCAUGAAAAAUGUGUUAGUUGUUUGACUUAUCCUUUAUACAGUGGAGAUAGGUUUUAUGUAUUUGUUUGUUCAAUGUGCAAUUAUGGCAAGGAAUUCGUACGGCGACUGGAAUUGAAAUGGGUAGAUCUGGUGCACCUGAUGUUGUACAAUUUAACUGUUUACAAUGCUAAAAAGUAUUAUGAUUUGGACACUGUUAUUGUACCUUAUGCCAAUGAUAACUGGAAUACUUUGCAGCUUCCUCCACGGAUCAGGGAUGUCAGUGCUCAAAUACGCAGAGAAUCUAUACUAGCAAUAUUGACAAAUAAUAGGAACAGAUUCAAAUGCGGCCGAGAAAUAAAGAAACGUACUACGAUAUGGGGUCUUAGAGUUAGAUUACCACCACCAUGUCCUAUUGUUAAUCUUCCAGCAACUGGUGUAAUAGAUGAUUCUGUAUUACGUAGAUGCUGGGGUGCUAAUAAAAGACUGCAAUAUCUUCCUCCACCUACAGGACCGAUAUCUUUACCAGAAAGUACAAAACAAUUAACUGCACUAAAGCAAAGUACAGCAGAAAAUUUAGAGAUUCCAGUAAAUCCAUCGGACGUAGUAAUGCGUGGAACAAUUUAUCAAAAUUCGGAAGCAGAACAAAGUUCAUGUCCAAGUCCAUUGAAUCAGUCUACACAAUCUCUGAGAGAAAGAUAUAUCGGAGGUGGUUUUGUAAAAAAAUCAUUCCCAUUUCCCAAGCUCAGUUUGCAAAGAAGAAGACGUUUAAUGGCAUUAGGAAGUUCUCGUGAAAGAAUGUUACGUAAACACAAAAAAAGAGAGAAAGGUGAUAGUGCUCUAAGCAAGGCUCAGGGUGUUCGAGAAGCUAGAUACAGGAAAGCAAGGAAAUUAUUGAAAAAUGCUAUAGCUAAGAGUAAAUCACGCAAUUCGGAAACGUCUGAUCUACCACCGACACCUCCAACUUCAGUAUCUGGCCCACCUACACCACCAGCUACAACUUCGGGUAUAUCUGAAUUAUCUGUGCCUAGUUCUGUGGAAUUGAUGCAUCCUUUACCACCAUCUACGCCUGCGGAUACCAGUGGAGAUGAAACCAGCUCAAGAGGAACCUUGGACUCCUUUAUUCCACCACCGAAAGAUUUUGAAGGCAAGAAUAAUCCUUUCAGAAAUCUUAGUGAUUUAUUGGGUACGGCUGCUAAUCUCAAUCAAACAAACCAAAGUACCCAAUCACCGUACAAUCAAUGUCCAAUUACAUUACCUCUACCGCUUACUCCUGUUAUAUCUCAACCGCCGGUAGUACGGCCAGCUAAAAGACAAUUAUCGGAAAAAGACAUUAUUAUAGACAGAAACGGGCAAGUAAAACGUAGACGUCAACAUCGGAGAGGACGUCCGUCGCAACAACAAAUACAACAACAAUAUCAACAUACUGCCAGUAAGACGGCAACCAUCUUACCGGCACGUAACAACGAAGUUAAAAGUGAGUUUGCAAGGAAUUUAAGAAGUUCGUUUAACGGUGCCUCAAGCAGUGCUAGUAGUCAAAUUGGAAAUUGUGUCGAUUAUGCCUUAAACGGGAGAAGACUAAGACAACGUCAAAGCAAUGACAAAUUACCGCCCCCAGAUCCGCAACCGCAAAAGAAAGGUAGUGUACCUUCAUCUCCAAAGUGUUCACCUGUUAAACAAAGUGCUCCCGACAUAUCUCUGGAUGAUUUAAAGUCAUCGGUGAACAUAUAUUUUGGAGCAGCUAAUAGAAUCGCUGCUGGUGAAAAGUUCGUCAUCAGAGCAAAGAGGAUAGGACCAAACGGUCAAACUCAAUACCUAAUCGAGUGGGAGGGACUCAACACUUAACAAUAAAUAAUUUGUUUAUGAUUAUAAAUGCAUUGCAGUCGUAUAAAAUUUUUGUUAACAUUGAGCAAGAGCAAUAUUAAUCCUUUGCGAACACGUGAUAGCAGCAUAAGUAUUUUUACGGUUUAGGAUACGUAUCUGCGGACAGCAGCACAAGCAUUUUUAUCGUUCAGGACGCGUGUUUACGGAGAGCAGCCUUUGUAGCGUUUUAUCUUUCUACUCAAAUUUUAUAGGUUGAUUUCUUCGAAUUGCGCGCAUUCGUACACGAUAAUUGCAGUCUUGCCUAAAGCUUUCGACACAUAUCCCAAUAGUUCAUUCAUCUCUAGAUUUACAUAUAAAGUUUAUUAUAUUUAUUAUAUUAUUAUUUAGGUUAUUAUUUAUAAAAGUUACUCUGCUAUGACUCUACAAUGUCUAAGAGAAGCAUGAAGGAUAUUACAUUAUCAGCAGUGAUGAUUUUUAUAUUGAAUCAAAUGACAAUGAAAAUAUGUAUGUAUGUUCAUGCAGUAUAAAAUUUAUAUGUUGUGUUAUAAAUUUUCAUGCAUAAAUCAGCUUUCCGCUAAACACUCGUUCAGGCGAUAUGCUCGUGCAUCACAGUCCUAUCUGCAAAGGGUUAAAUUGCUGCUCGAUCAUUUUCAAAUCUCGGUGUGUAAGAAAGACGAUUAGUGACAAAUUGAUCUGUGUCACGUGCACUGCCAUUCGUUACAUAUGUUUAUGUAAUAGGUAUAUAUUAAUUGGUGUACGAUGUGUGACUGUUCUUGCAAAUGUAAAUUUUGUUUCAUUCGUUUAAGAAACUAUGUCUUUCGAAGACAACGUUCCAAACAAUAGUAAUAGUAAAUUCAUUGCUGGACAGUGAAUUUACUUUGCCGCAUAUAUUUAAAGUGAAAAAAGUAGAAAAACCGAUUCACACAUUUGUUUCGUUUCGUAAAUCAGAAAACGUACAUUCUUUUCUCGUUUAAUUCAGAUUUUACAUUCAAAAUGUACCGUCCAUGAUUACCUUCGAUGCACAAAAUUCAAUUAACGUUUCUAUAUCUAUUUUAAUACAGAGGCAAAUAAGAAGAAAUGACGUGAGAAAAAAAAACAUUUACAAGAACAAUCAGGUACAUUGCUUUAUGAAAUGUAUAUAUUGUAGCAUAGUAGUUUCGCUGAAAAAAAAAAUCAACAAAUGUAAAGCAAAUGUAAAACAAAGGGAUCAUUUGUGUCGGGUUUUGCAUUUAUUAAAAAUUGGCCAAUCGCUCCUUUUUGUAAAUUACGGAGCAAAUCAUAAUCCCAACGAGAAAGAGAAAACGCGAAUUGAAAAACUAACAGUUGUUCCUCUCACUUGAGCUAACAUACUAGCGACCGUUAGUAGUUAGUGUUUAAAGAGUAAAUGAAAAAUAUGGAGUAAAAAAAAAAAAGAAGCAGACAUUCUGCAAAGGUUAUUUUUCAAUACAAUCGUAGAGAUAGACAUCAGCUUCUGUAACUUGAUCUUCUUGAACCAUUGUUUUCAUCUUCAUCUUUAUAUGACAAUAUAACUAAAAUCAAAAUUAUCACACAUAAUCAUACUGCCACAUCUGCACCAAUUUGUCUUUUAUAACUAGACUAUAUUACGUUCAAAUUCUAAAUAUUUGAUAAUUAUAGUCGGAAACAAUGCAGCCGUUUGUUAUAGAAAUCUUCGAGAAUUUUUAUUCUAUAGGGUUCAAGAUGAUGAAGAUGCAGUUCUAGCAUUGCUCAUACUUAUACAAAACUAGGAGGAAAAAUCAUACCUAUUUCAUAGUAACGUACAAUUUAAAAAGUUGCAAAGCUGGGUACGUAAGUGGUUGGCCAAAGUUAUCUGUGUGAAAGAUAACGUUGUAAAUUUUCUCUAUAUGGUUUUCCGAGUUGGAGAGAUCAUUUUGAACGUGAAACGUAGUGAAUCUUUAUAAAACUGUUCUUGUUACAGAAAAAAAAUUAAAGCGAAGAAAAAAAAUGUAGGGCAUGUGAAAUUUAUUCGUUCGUUCAAUAGAGACCCGCGUAGGCAAUACUUUUCCGCAGUUUAAAUAAAAUUUUUCAAAUUCCAUGAAAUGAAUUUUAAACGAACGCUGAUACAACCUGAAUUGAUGCAAUUAACAAUGAAUAUUCGUACAAAAUUGUUUGCAUUGCGAUUUAUUUUUGUCUGAUUCGUGUUUCGAUUUACAAGCACAGGAUCUGUAGACAUCUGAGAAACGAUUAAAUGUUGAACAUGAUUCUCGUUAAGUUCUUGAAUCGAAAGAGCUUAUUAAAAAAAAAAGUCGAAAGAACUUAUUUGCCUAUAUGGUUACUUUUAUAGUUAUACAAUUUAUAUUUAUUUCCUAGAUCGUCUCGAAUAAUUACAUUAAAAAUCGAUUAUAUUGCGAAGUAACAACGAAAAAAAAAAAAAAAACAAAGUACGGAGAGUUUUAGUCGUCUGUUAAUCAGUCUUUCUUUAGAUGCUGAAAGAGAGAAUCGAGAUAAAAGAAUCUAAUUAAGCAAAUAUGCCAUUUGUUCGUUUCAUGAAUUUCGAUUUUUCGUAAAGCGAAAAUCAUAUGAAUUUUUCCUAAACGUCUAGGUACGAAAAAAAUCCGCGAGUCAUUCAUGUUUAGACAGACUUACCUAAGAUAGGUAUUUUUAAGUGCUAUUUAUUUAAUCUACUAUACGUAAUGAUCAUCUUUCUAUGUUUGUAACUCCUUUAGAGAGAAUUUUACAAUGUCGCGACCGACUGUUAUUUGAAGCUCAGUUUUAGUAAUGGCACUCUUGAAUCAAGUCGGUUAAGAUAUACAUACACACGCAAACAUACAUAUGUACAUAUAAUUUUUUGCCAGUUAAACACGCACUCAUUUUUUAUACGUUUCUUUAUUGAUUUUUUUUCUUUCCUGUUGUUUCUCGUUUUUCUAAUUUUUUCUUUUCUUCCCGAAGAAAAAGAAAAUGUAUGUUCUGAUUGUCUUUGUACGUUAGAAAGAAAAAAAAAAAAAGAAUGUGUUCAAGUGUGUUCAAACUGUAAUUGCAUUAUACAUGCGACACGAUGCAACUUUCGUAAUAACUUUUGUAUACUCAAACAGUAGGAAUAUCUUAUUUCUAAUUGCGCGGAACGUUAUACAUACUCUCUAAAGGAAACGUACAUAUAAAUAAAUGUUGGACGAAGACACUGCCAAACAUCUUUAAGUUAUAAUUUAAUAAACGACGUUAGACAAUACUAUGCUAUGAUACGUUAAUUUCUUAAUCAAACGAACGUUGUUACGUUUAUAGAUUCUUUUUUUUUUUUUAUUAUUCUCCCGUUCUCUUCUUCGCGCAUCAUCAUGAACGGGAAACUUAAAUAGAAAUAUUUGAGUCUCGUAAAUACACGCGUAGAGCUGCUUUUAUUUCCUUCCUUCUUUCCCCUUUCUAAAAGAAAAGGGAAAGGAUUAUAAAUUCGUGCAGUUUUUCGCACGAACGAUCGAAUAACACGGUCAUCAAAAUAGAUUGAAGAAACAGUUAACGAUUUCAUUUUCUUUUCUCUUCUCGACCAGCGUCAUCGAAGCUUCGUAAUCGUUUCAUUGUUUCUCAUGUACAUUUCUUAAGUAGAUUACGUUAGAGAGAACGAUUUAGGAUCGACGCUUGUAUCGGUGAACAUAUUAUUCAAGUUGAUUACUUAAUCGGGCGUUGUGUUAUCGCAUUGUAUUGUUAAACAAUACCUUGUUUAAUCCCUUUAAUCUUUUCCAUUUUUGUUACAUUCUUAAUAUUUAUAUUAUAAGUUUUUUUAUGGAAGCGACUGUUCUUCCGCGCCGAUGCGACCCGUUUCGUUGAGAUCACCUUGAAGAAGUAUGCUAAUUCUAGAUCGAAUCGACGAAUGUGGAACGGAAGAUAUUUCGCAGAUGUUUCAAGUUGCUUCGUACAUCAAUAAAUUGAGAAAAAAAAAAAAAAGAAAAACGAAGAUAAGUUUUACAUCUCGAAAGGAGAGCGAAAAAACUGCUUUCGUUUCACGGAUCUGUCUACUUGAUCUGGAAUGUGGCGCAACGUAUGAGGCCAAUACGAAGGCGACAAAGCGACAGGGACGAAAUCCCAGAGAAAUUCCUGCGAUCGAAAUCCACUUGGAAACAAUCAUCUUCUGUACAAAAAAAAGAAAAAGAAAAAAAAAAAGAAAAAAAAAGAAAUCAGCGUCAAUCGCUUCGAGACGAAGCAAAGAAUCACGAGAAAAUUAUUGGAGCUAUUCUACGCACGAGAUAGCAAAAAAAAAAAAAAAAGGAAAUGCGUUCGAUUUGAGUAAAUCGAUGUGUUCGUACGAGUACGACUUGUACUGGAUUAUGUAUAUCGAAAGCUCGACGUUUGGCGUUUCCAGUUUCCAGUCUCCACGAUGAAGCAACAACGGAAUGAAGAUGUACUGCCAGUAUCAAUGUAAAUAUAGUCCCACCUCUUUCAGAUACAACUGUCCCCACCCCGUCCCCCUAAUUCCCGUUUUUUAAUGCAAAUACGCGAGGAAUACGCAUAGUUGUAAUGUACGUUUGCGUAAACGUUUAUACACGAUUAUAGAGGCCGAAAACCGUCGAAGAGAAGCGAGCCGUCGUUCCUCUUAGACUCACUUCCGGUGAAUGUAUUCGAAGUAUGUCGUCUCCGUGUGCAUGGUUUCGUUAGACACUGCUCUUUAUAUUCUUCUCAGCGCGAGAGAAAAGAUUGCAUUCGAUUGCAUCUAUCAAAUAGGCGGUCACGAUUAUUAACGAUGAUCAACGAUUCCCGUUUCAUUUACUCUCGGAAUAUUUUUCAUUCCCAUGUGCUCGAUGUUGAUUGUGCAAUGCCUGAAUGAUCGAUUCGUGGCAAUAAUUUUCGUGUAAUUUGAUGUAUCAUCCGGGCAAGAUUUUUAUAUUAUAUAAUUCGAAAGACGACUAAUUCCUAAAUGCACGAUAUUUUUCAAAUAGCAAUGAAAUAUAUUUUCACAUAGAACAAUUACGAAAAAAUAAUAAUUCGAAUAUUGUUUCUCGUUUUCUUUUUUUCUUUUUUUUUUUUUCAUUUAGGAGAAAGAACUUAUUAAUAAAUAAUACCAAGUAUGCCAGUAAAUAGUACAGCUAUCAAUUGCUUUAAGGCAUAUUAUAAUUGAUUACCGACGACCGCCGAUUUAGUAAAUGCAAUGAAAUGUUUCUUCUCGACACAAGUAACACUCGGCGUACGUGAUAUUCUUUCCUUUUGUUCGAUUCCGUAUGCAUCGCAUUGACAACAACAAUCGUGUAACAAUUGGUUCGAGUCUUUGUACGCUUUUUUUUUUCUCUCUGAUGAAAUGAAGAAAUUCGAGUGCUGGUUGCCCGAAUAAUUUGUCUCCGUCGUUAGUUCGAAUCGAAAGGAAAAGGGAAAAAGAAAUAAGAAUGUUUUCGUCGUGAAACGAACGAAUUCUAAACAUGUGUUUUGCGAUGGAAAGCAAGAUAUACGAAGAAAAUUGUGAUCAAAGAAAAAUUAUUAGCAGCUAAAUACACACUUCGAACCAAGGGUACUUAGGAUGUUCCAUGUAAAUAUGCACUGUUUAAAGAAUUUUUGUACGAGAAAAUUGUUCAUAGCCACCAAACGUAUAUAUAUUUAAUAAACAUGCUAUUUCUGAACAAGAAGAAUCUUUAAUUAUGAUUUUCUAGUGAAUACUACAUAGACUGUACUUCAUUGCGUAUGUUCUCACGUGUAUUGAAGUAUACGAGGUACUCGCUAAAAUAAACGAAAAUUUUAGUACAAAGGAGAAUAAGCAAGUCUGACUGAAUACAUCUGUUUCUCUUUUUUUUUUUUUUAUAAAAAAAAACUUUUUACUAUACGUUAUUUUUUGCAUUUCAAUUCAAUUGCAUUUACAGUUUUGCAUUUUAAUUUGCUAUCGAUAGAAGUCUGCUAGAACAAAAAUUUCCAGAACUUGUUAAAAAAGAAAAAUCAUUGAAAGGAAAGUAUUAAAUUUUACCAGUGUAAUGUACAAGUUUAUAAAAGUGUACAAAAAUUUUAAAGAGAACUUUCAUACGAAUAGAACUUCAUUGUUAAAGUAUCGAACCCAAACAUCCUUUAUGAGAAAGAAGAAAAAUAUUUUUAAAAGACACAGACUGUCGAUGUAAUAAGUACAGUUUUAUACGAGUGUUGUAUAAUUAUUUCAGCACGCGUCACAGUAUAUUCAACUUUCUCGAAUACGAUUUCUUAGUGUUCUUCUAUACUCGUUAAAUCAGAUCGACCUGCAUUAAAUACCUCAAGCAACGAAAGCUCGCUCGAAUAGGUGCCAACAAAAUUGCUAAUAAUUUUUCUGCGACACUCUUCUCGGCACGUGUUUCUAAUGCCUUUAACGAGUAUUCGAUUUGUCGUUAAAGAAGAAAAAAAAAAAAAAAGAAGAAAUGAAAUUUUGUAUAUGAUUUCUGCGAGGAAAUAUGUCUGUGCAUAAAUGACAAAAUCAAAGAGGCGAAAUGAAAAAGUGUCUAUCUGAAUUUGUGUGGUGUACGACUGUAAUCUACGAAAUGAGAUGGGAGGGAAAAAAAGGAAACAUAAACAAGUGAUCAUCUGAUGUGACGAUCUCAUCGAGGAACAUCGAUCGAAAUCUGAUGAACUGCAGAAAGAAAUGGGAUUCCCUAUUUCGAUUUCUCUAUUUAAUGUAUAUUAAAUGGAGCAAAUUUCAGAGAGAUAUAUCUCAAACGUCGGAAGCGAGAUAAGGAAGAACGUGACGAUAAUUUUCUGUGUGAUAAUGGAAUUGCCUCAUUCGAGGAUCCCUUGAUUAUAUUUCCAUUCUUAAGGUUACUCCUGUAAUGCGUGUAUGAGAGUGAGAGAGAAGAGAGUGGAAAAUUGUAUAUACACCGCCUGCACUUUGUACGAAUAUUGCGAUCGUCGUUGUUCAGCGACCAUUUUGUUUCCUUUCGUCGUUUAAUAAAGUGAAUUCUUCAUGACCUCUUCAA